UCAGCCACCGAGGACCCCCACCCUUGUGUUCUGUUCUCUAUUUAGUCCAUGCCCUUUUGCUCUCUACUCCUCUUCUGUGUACGCUAACACAAUCUUGUGCUUUCUGUCUCUGUAAAUUUUAAGGAAAGAUAGAAACUUUGAAGGGGGGAAAAAAUUCCAUGGCAACUGAAGAGGGAACAAAGAAAGUAGAGGCAACAGAGGUCUCAACAGAGCCAGAAGCUCCUGCUACGCCGCCGCCGACGGCAGCCGAGGCCCCGAAAGAUGUGGCGGAGGAGAAGGAAGUGAUCCCAUCUCCGGCAACAACGCCGACUCCGGCCAAAGAGAAGGCUGAUGACUCCAAAGCACUUGCUGUUGUUGAGAAGGUUGCUGAUCCUCCAGCAGAGAAGAGCUCAGGUGGUUCCUCUGAUAGAGAUGCUAGCCUUGCACGACUUGAAUCUGAAAAGAGAAUGUCUUUGAUAAAGGCUUGGGAGGAAAGUGAGAAGACUAAAGCUGAGAACAAGGCGGAAAAGAAAAUGUCAUCCAUUACUUCAUGGGAAAACUCCAAGAAGGCAGCUGUGGAAGCUCAGCUGAGGAAAAUUGAGGAACAACUAGAGAAGAAAAAGGCUGAGUAUGCUGAAAAAAUGAAGAACAAGAUCGCAUUGCUUCACAAAGAGGCUGAAGAGAAGAGAGCAAUGGUUGAAGCCAAGCGCGGGGAAGAAAUCCUCAAAGCUGAAGAGAUGGCUGCAAAAUAUCGGGCAACUGGGCUUGGACCGAAAAAGAUCUUUGGAUGCUUUGGUCCUUGAAGAAACAAUCAAUUUAUCAAUUAGCUUGUUUUAUGUUUCGUUUAUCUAAGUGUUGUAUUGAUUUGUUCUAGUCAAAGAUUUUAUUGUGAAGUUACUUAGUGUUGUGCGUGUGUAUAAAGUUUGAUGUUCUUGUUUAUACAUGUUAAUUUACAAGAACAAGGGGCUUGAUGAUGUAUAUGUGUUUUUUUUAAUUCAUGUAUUAAUUUGAAAAUGACAGUACAGUUGUUUCUUGGCAAGAUGUGGUGUUGAAUAA